ACUUCAGCGUUUGAUAAAGUCGUUGUCAUUGAACAUACAGUCAAACAGUCAAUCAGCGAUAAAUUUCGGACUUGAAACCAGACAGAAAUGAACUUUAAACUGUCCGUCGUGUUUCUUACGGCAGCCUUCAUCUCUUCUGUGGCAACCUCUGAUGUUCGAGAGUUGCCGAGCAGGAGUCAAUCUCCACCCGACUAUUGUCUGAUGCCACAUCUGGGUAACGCUGUCUCCACUGGUUCAAUCUAUGUGGAGCCAUGGAUAGCGUAUCAGGAUCACACCAAGGUUCAUCCCAAACAUUCCCGAUUUGCAAGAUAUCGCACGGCAGACGGUAGUGGCAACCAUGUGUUUAACCUGGGCAUGGCCAACACCCCCCCUUCUAGGAUACUUCCCCCUGACUACGAGAACGGUGUCGACUCCCCACGCACGCUGGGGGUGCGCGGCAGGCCCCUCCCUGCGGCCUUGGACGUCAGUCGGUUCAUCCACACAGACGUGGUGGACUUUCAGAACUUCACAGUCAUGCUGAUGGCCUGGGGACAGUUUAUGGAUCACGACCUCGCGGCCUUUAUUUUAUCCUCCAGACAAAAUGGUUCCAUUGCCUGUUGUGUCAACGGCACGGUGAAUCCAGUUCCCAAUCCUGACUGCUUCCCGAUGAUCAAGUCAGAUAAUGAUCCGCGCUUUGAAUCGUCCUGCUUGGAGUUCUCGCGCUCCCUCGCGGCACGGACGAAAAUGGCACCAGGCCCGAGACAGCAAAUAAACACAGCCACCUCUUUUAUUGAUGCGUCGAUGGUGUACGGUAGCAGUCAGGAGGUUCAGCUUAACCUUAGAGAGAAGCUUUCUUCAGGAGAACCUAGUCAUCUGCUACGCUCGGAGUCUGGAGAGUUACUUCCUCGCAGACCACAAGACAACUGUAUUCACAGUCCAGGCCGAUUUUGCUUUUUGGCAGGAGACGAUCGUGUGAGCGAACAGCCGGGAUUGACUGUCGUGCACACGCUCUUCCUGCAGCUGCACAACAAGAUCGCACGAGACCUCGCCACUCUCCGCCCUUACGACUCGCACGAGGAGAUCUUCCAGCUCACUCGCAAGAUUGUCGGCGCCAUCGUGCAGAACAUCCAGUACAGCGAGUGGUUGCCUAUCUUCCUUCCGAAAAGCAUCCUCUCACAGUUCAGCCUGCUCACUGGCAGCAGGACCAGGUACCUGCCGACAGUCGAUCCCUCCAUCUACAACGCCUUUGCAACUGCCGUCUUUCGAAUGGGUCACACUUUGAUCCCUGCCUUCUUCAAUGUCAGUGGCAGGGUAAUUCCGCUUCGGCAGCUGUUUAACAAGCCCGACAUUAUCUUCGAGGAUUUCAAAGGCGUGCUUUUGUCUCUUGUUAGCCCGCUGUUUACCAACGGCGCUCGUGCAUUUGACAGAUUUUUUACAGAAGAAAUUACAGGUCACCUUUUUGAACCUAGAACCCAGCCACCAGCACCUGCGCGCAGCCGCGGUCUGGACCUGAUUGCGUUGAAUCUUCAGCGAGGUCGAGACCAUGGUUUGCCCUCGUACAACAACUACCGAGAAAUUUGCGGCUUGAAAAAGUUGACAUCGUUCUCACAGUUCGUCCCUUCGGCAGUGGGCCUCAAGCUGGCAACUGUUUAUGACAACGUUGACGACAUAGACCUUUUCACUGGACUCAUGUCCGAGAAACCUCUGGCAGGUGGACUCGUCGGCCCCACCCUUGGGUGUCUGCUUGGCAUCCAGUUCCACAGUCUCAAAUUUGGCGACCGCUUCUACUUCGAGACCGUCAGUGAGCUCGAGGGAUUUACCAAUGACCAGCUGAGAGCUAUCCGAUAUGUUACUCUGGCCCAUGUGAUCUGCAUGUCCAGGCGAGUGAACAGUGUCCAGCUAAAAGCUUUCGAAGUUUUUAACGAAAUAACGAACCCGGAAGUGGAUUGUUCUGAACUGAGGCAUAGCUUCAUUGACCUGAGGCUCUUCAAGUAACAACUAUCACUUUCGCCGGCACAUGGUGGCUUUCAAAGCUUACAAUUAUAGGAGAAGGAAAUAUUUUCACAUGGGUAUUUUGAUAUAUAGAAUCUGUAAGGAAAUUUUGCCUGCCUACGUGUACAUUCUAUUUUGUCACAUUGUUAAGGAAAUUAUUUUUCAAACACUGAUAAAAAUGUGAUUUGAAAGUAAGAAUCGCAUGCUUAUUCAUAUUAGGGAAGUGUGCAUAUACUUUCUCUCUUUUCGUCUUUCCCCAGCACCCUCUUGCUUGAGCGCAUGCCGUUUGUUUUUGUUUUGUGUGUGUGUUGGGGGGCGGGGAAGUUACGCUACGCUUUAGUUUUCUCGAGAGUUGUUUCCCAUGUCUUUCUCUCAUCCAAUUAAAUGGCCGCUCAGUAACACAUCAUUCGAGUGUAAGGGGAGGGGAACUGGUGUUUUAUGUCAAGCCAGCAAGUAAAGCUAAAUCACGACAAGACGGCCAGCCCUGUAAACGGAUGCCACAUGCAGAGAAAUAACCGCGUGCCUUAGACGAGAGCUGAACCCAGGACAGCCAACCUCGACUGUAUUGAUGACAGGCGCUGAUGACGUUGCGCCACCGGACCGCCCGGAGCAAGAAUAAAACACACACACACACAGCAAAGCACUUGGAUGUACACUUUAAAACAGAGAACCAUUUUUAUUCGUAAGUGGUAAUAGAAACGUUCUACGAACAUGUCCGUUGAUAGGUGCUGGUUAGCACGCGAAGCCAACAGCCUUACCUGCCAGACAUAAUUUUAACCGGUUCAUUACAGUAUUUUCUCAACAGAACACACCUUUACACCCCAUCGUGUUUACUGUACUCAUAUUAUGGGAUUGUACACGAUACCUCUAUUCCAACAUCGUAACAUUGCUGAGAAAGUUUAGUCCCCUUUAGUCGCUGUUGGAACACAAAUAGUAAAAUCUCUUUUGUUGUUAACGAAACAUGUCGGUGACACCUGAACAUCAGAUCAUUACAUAACAUACUAUGACCCGUUAGCAAGUUUUUCGCGAGGUGCAAACCAGGUGUGCUUUGGGGUAAUCAAGUGUUAUGUGUCUGUAGAUUAACUGUAGGCCUUUUUUGUACAACUAUGGGUCGACAUUUGAGCAAAUGAGGCAAACAUAGUAUACACCCGUGAUGUAAAAGAUUUUAUAUAACUGUGGCGUGAAAAGCAUUUCCACAUUUUGAAUUGCUAGCCCUGUGGACAUCGGAAAAACAAGACAGUGAAUGAUCUACACAGACAGAUUAAGAAACAGAAAGAAGCCAUAACCUAAAGAUACAUAUACUUUCUCAAACUAUGUUAGUCUAUUUUUGGAACAAAUAUGAAAAAAAAACUCUUGAAAUCCUAUUUGAAUAUUUUCUUUUAUUUACAGACACACGCUAUAGUUAUACAGAACGGAGCACAGCAUCAAAGUCUAUGAAAGGCAUUUGGAAUUACAGAUAGCUGCACACACUACACCCCACCACCACCACUACCAUCAAACACCCAUCAAAUAAGGGACAAAGUCCACAUAAACUGACACAUAAUCAGAAGCUUUACAAACAUGACUUUAGAAACCGAUAUUUCAUGCUGCAAGCCAUUUAAAGCCACACAUAAUGAGUCUUUUCGAAAUGAUUAGGAAAUCUUUACAAAACGUGUACUCCAUGUGGUAGAAAUAAACAUUACAGUUAUGAGAAUGAUAAAAACCUUCCAAGAGAGCAUCAAGACUUACGUUUUAUUACAAUAAUAAAUAAUAAACAUGUGAUUUAUUCACGAAGGAGAAGGCUUUUAUUGCUUGAGACAAGGAGACAUGGACAGAAUACAAUUGACGGAAGGAGAAACAGCCUUGCAGACAAGUAAUAGCAAUAAACAUAGAAGGCGCAAAGAGGAAUCGGGGAACAAAGAGGACGGAUGGAGAAUGUCAUAAGUCUGCAAAGGAAGACAAACAGGUGAACAAGUAUUAUCACAACUAUUAACAACAAAUCAAUAGGCAAAAAAGUGAUAGAAAGGGUGAGACAAUUGGCAUUACAACAUUUGAAGGUAUCUGUGUUCAGAGCAGCUGAAUCCAAGUAAGACACAGAGCUUGAUGUAAAACACUGAGAUUUCCAUGACAACUGAAGAGCUCGUUUGUCUACAGUUUGCUAAGUAUUAAGCUUGUUGAACCUGUUCAUUUCAUGUCUUUCAAUAUGUUCAGUAAUUACGAUAAAUAUCAAAAGUCUACAAUAAAUUAAACUGUUUAAAACAAUAGCAUGAUUUCUUUUACCUUACCUGCCGAUGUGUGAUAUCGGCAACUCGAAAGCAUGCUGCAUGUUCGCGGUUCAAAGAUUCUUGAAACAUACCUUCAACACUCUGUCAUGAUUUUGACUUAUUUUCACGGU